GGAGGCGGCGGUGGCGGCGGCUGCGGGCAGCGCGCGGGGCACAGGGCGCGAGGCGAUCGCCGUCGGGGCUUGGGCGGCUGGCAGUGGGCACAGGCUCCCCGGUGCCCGCCCCUCCGCUGGGAGGGGGGCGAGAGCGGGCUGCCGGGGAGGGGCCGGCACCGCAGCGGAAAAAUGAGCCUGCUGUCGGCCAUCGACACGAGCGCCGCCUCGGUGUAUCAACCGGCUCAGCUGCUCAACUGGGUCUACCUGUCGCUGCAGGACACACACCAGGCUAGUGCCUUCGAUGCCUUCCGGCCCGAGCCGCCCGCCGGCGCCGCGCCCCCGGAGCUGGCCUUCGGCAAAGGCCGCCCGGAGCAGCUGGGCUCGCCCCUGCACUCCAGCUAUCUCAACAGCUUCUUCCAGCUGCAGCGCGGAGAGGCGCUGAGCAGCAGUGUGUACAAGAGCGCCUCACCCUAUGGCUCGCUCAACAACAUCGCUGACGGCCUGAGCUCCCUCACUGAGCACUUCUCCGACCUGACACUCACCUCCGAGGCCCGCAAACCCAGCAAGCGGCCCCCGCCCAACUACUUGUGUCACCUGUGCUUCAACAAAGGACACUACAUCAAGGACUGUCCCCAGGCACGCCCCAAAGGCGAGGGCCUGACACCGUACCAGGGCAAAAAGCGCUGCUUUGGAGAGUACAAGUGUCCCAAGUGCAAGAGAAAAUGGAUGAGCGGGAACUCGUGGGCCAACAUGGGGCAGGAGUGCAUCAAAUGCCACAUCAACGUGUACCCGCACAAGCAGAGACCUCUGGAGAAGCCCGAUGGCUUGGACGUGUCUGACCAGAGCAAGGAGCACCCACAGCACCUGUGUGAAAAGUGCAAGGUCCUUGGCUACUACUGCCGCCGCGUGCAGUGACCACUGCUGCCACAGCACCCCGCCAGCCACUGCUUUCCUGUGCCGCUCUGAGGAGCUGCUUGUCCCCUUGC